AUGUCCGGCUCUUAUCGCUCACAGCAGAUCCUGGUCAGGCAGCAAGCAGAGGGAGCGGUGAGUUUCUGGGCUGCUAUCUGAGAGAGAGAGUAGGGCAACCCUUCGUUAAACAAGACGCGUAAAUGCUAGAAUCUUUCUCCCCUCCGUUUGACAGUGUUUUCGCCUCGUUCUCUUUUUCGCCUCGUUCUCUUCACCCCCAGCAAGCAGUUCGUCAUACCCGCGACCCCCAAGGGGAGAUCUGUCACCACCUUGCUUCCCUCCAUCACCGCACUCCAGAUCUCACCUGGUGGUCGCUGUUCGACACCUCCACUAUCCACCCGCCCACCAUCACACCCUUACCACACUUUUCUCGACCCUCAGACAGGCACUCAUCGUAUCCAUACGCGUAUCAGCCAGUUGCAGACUCUCAAAGCGCCGCCAGGUAAGUCAGGCACGUGUCGGCGCGGGGAUACAGCUUGUCUGUCUGUCAGUACACGUAAGGUGUGGCUGUCCGUACCGUAGCCGUACUCCCACUAUACUAGGGGGGAUCCGACACAACGCAGGCUGAGGAGAGCUCGGUCUGUCGGCGUUCGUGCUGCUUCCCUACUGCCUUGUGUGACCAUCUAUAGGUGUAUCGUGACCCGAGAACAGCGAGACGCUCAUCUGGAAGCACAUCACCCACAGGUAAGUGGGUGGGGCGACAGACGAAAGGCAGAUCAGCAGUCGAUGCAGGUGUUGUGGCCUUGUGUCUGUUGUGUCUCAGCGCAACACGUGUGCCUGUUUCCACAGACGCCCUCGACAGCAUCGCCACGAGAGUCGCCAUGGACACCAGUAUCGCCCUCAACAUCACGAUCGGCUUCGUCCAGCCCAGUCCGCCGCACCACAUGGGCGUCGAGGUGGGUGACUCACGCCAUCCCCCUCACCUCACCGGGCCGAGUGGCCAGGUGCCCGUAGCAGCCGCUGAGCAGCAGCCCAUGCCACGGCCUUCCAGACGGGCAAAUUGCCGCAGGUACGUAUCCACAGACAAGCGACACAGCUUCGUAUUGGACUCGGAUGUGUUCUGCGUCAGGCGUCGUGAUGUCGACCAGGAGCAGGAGGGUCGUCCCCGUCAGAUUCGUCGCCUGGAGCCGCCCGCCGAGCCCAUCCAGCAGCAGCAGGUGGCCGCCGACCAUCCAAUCCAGCAGCCGGCUCAGCAGCCACAGCAGCAGCAGCCACAGAGCAGCAGGAUCAGUCAGUGAUGCCGCCGAGAUACAUCCCCGUCAAGCAUCAGGGUGCCUUUACCAACUAUGAGCGCAUCGAGAAGCUGAACGCUGGAGGAUACGGCACGGUGUGGGCCUGCAAGCACGCCCUGACGCGAGAGGACGUCGCCAUCAAGAUAUUCGACAAGCGAGCCCGGGAUGGCUUCACCGCUCAUCGCUCGACCAUCAAGGAGGUGGAGGUCCUCAGGGAGCUGCAAGGCCAUGACAACAUCGUCAAGAUACAUCACUCCAUGCUCGAGCCGGGCGCCCCCGUCGACCUGACCCAACUCAUGGUCAUGGAGCUGUGCCGCGGGACGCUUCGCGAUUACGUCCGCAGGUCCUGGCCCAGCGGUCUUCCCAUCGACCAGGUGCGUUACGUGGGCCGGCAGCUGGUGGAGGGCCUGAUGCACUGCCACACCAAGCAGAUCACGCACAUGGACUUCAAGCCCGAGAACGUGCUCCUCAUUGGCAACUUGAUCUGCCGCAUCGCCGACUUCGGAGGGGCCCUAUGGGGCCCCGGACUCAACGUGGAUGGCAUUUGUACGCCCAUGUAUCGUCCGCCCGAGGCAUUCAUAGCGGAUAUUAUGAACAAGAAAGGUACGCAGACCACGCCAAAGCACGGCACGGAUGUGUGCGUGUCUAAGGCAUCGGUUUGUUUGUGUGCGUUUCUCUCCUGAUUGCCUCUUUGUGUUUGCCAGGCAUGAGUCAUGACAACGUGGUUCGGUGCAGGAGUAAGGUGGACAUGUGGGCACUUGGCGUGACCCUCUACUACCUCGCCACGGGCGACCACCUCUUCAGCCGCCCCGACCCAAUGAGCCUCGACCACAUGCUCAUCCAGACCCUCCAGAUCACGGGCGUGCCCGACACGAACGAGUGGCGCAACGUGCAAGGCAUCAUCUCGGACAGCGUCACCUCCUCUCCCUACCGCGUCACACCGCCAUCCGGAUCAUCCCCUGAGCAGAUCAGCAGUCGGCUUCUUGCUCGCAUCGAGCUUGCUCGCAUCGAGCAACACAGAGCCGGGAGCCUCCGGCCGUUGGAUAUCAUGACCCCUGGGUGGGGCCAUGGCCAGCUGCUGGACUUACUCUCCAGGUAAGACAGCACAAAACAGGAGGCAGUGAGUGAAUGAAGCUCAUCGAAUGAGCUCCUCUGCUGUCUGUCAGGUUGCUCUGCCCACAGUCUGCCAGGCUCACGUCGUCACAAGCCCUUCGCCACCCAUUCUUCGCCCUGCAGCAGCCGGUGGCUGCUCGGCACAUGUCCGACGGGCCUCCCACCACACGAAACGCAGCACGCCGAUGCAGAGGGUGCGUCAUCGGCAGGACGAGGCCAUGAUCCGCCCAUGAGAUACACACGGAUGAUUGGGGGGGGCAGGGAGGCAGGGGAGCGGGGAGGGGCGGCAUGCACACGUGUCUAUCAGCGUCUAUGUGUCUGCCUGUGAGUGUGAUGUGCACGGGUGUUCGUGUGCAUGUGCGUGUGUACGAGUGUGGUGUUGGCUAGUGUACGGUGUGGGCCAGGGCUCACACAUACAUUCCAUCGUACAUGCUGCCUGAUGUGACAUGCCUGCGUACUCACUGCCUCACUAUGAUAUGUCAUUUCUUCUGCUCAUUUUUCUUGGCGCAUUGACUGGCCUCUGGAAUGCGAUGCACCUGCCUGUCUUUCCUCAGUGUCACCCACCUGUAAAGUAUCCCGAUGGCCAUCCAUGAAUGGCCACUGCCACACCGACUCUGCUGCAGCAAAGCAGAGCAAAGCAAAGCAGAGAAUCUUUCCACAUGUGCGUGUCGACAUACAUGUCGUACGUGUCUUGCGUGUGUCUGCGAGGGCGGCAAGGAUGCUUGCUCGCUCUCUUUUAUAAUGUGACGGCCCGAGCAGGGCGGGAGGGCGGGCUAUUUCUCUUCGUGGCAGUGCCUCUGUUAGGCCGUCUGGCUGCAGGUUGGCCGCUUGGGAAGGUGAUUCUGAUGUGUGAUUUUUGUCCGUCGGUGAUUCAUCAGUGAUUUUCCAGUCAUUUUAUUACACGGGCAAGGCACUCACUCGAGUGAUUUCAAGACAGGCACCUUUCUGCAGCCACGGCUGUCACGUGCAUGAGAUGUGGGUGUCGCUGCGGGCCGAUUGGAGUGUGGCUCAGGUACUGUGCCUCCAGUCGCCCGCAGUGGCACACAUCACACACAUGCGACAGCUGCCAUGGCAGCAGAAAGAGCGAGUGUGUCAGUGGUUGAUGUCGAUCGAUGGACAAUCAAGGCAAUGCAACUGACACGGAAUGGACAGAUCAACUCAACAGAUCUGAGCGCAC